AUCUCGACAGAACGCUACUAAGACUGUCCAGCUUUUGGUUGUCUUGUAGUAUACUCAAAGUUCAAAGAUCUUUGAUGAAAAGGCUACAUAGACGAGGAUGGGAGUGACACUGGAGAGAGUACAGAACAAGUUUGCCUGCAUUAUUGGUGAACUCUGCAGUGAACCGGACAUCUUGUCACAGUUUGCAAUAUGGUUAGAUUUGAGGCUGGCAGAGUAUAAAUCCAAGGGAGCAAUAUCAUUAGAAUGUUCCGGCUGUGAGCCGGACCCAACCUGGCUUCGUGGACACAGGCGUAGAGGACGAAUGAAAAGAGCAACAGAGUCUCCAGCCAUGCCAGCUGACAUUCCUAAAUCUUACAGACCUGGUGGUGAUGGAGAUUAUUCUGUUUAUAAUGAGUAUGAGGAGGAUGUCGCCGUGUUAAGCGAAGUGGAACAGGAAGAUGUGGCGGUAAUGGGAGCUGAGUUCUCAGACAUGACGGCCAAGUCUGCCGUUUUCCCUAUCCAUAUGUACAAGGUAACCAACCGUAAGCGGCCAGGUAUUGACCCUGUUAUUUCCAAAGUCGACCACUUAGUGCCAGGCGAACAUAACUUUGAUCUUGCAUCUUCACAGAAAUCACAAAGACUUGAGGUACACGGAGCAGAUGGCGAUAGCUCUGCAUCUUUAUCAGACACACCAGGAGCCACUGAAAGUCUCGCUUCCAUUAUCAAACCAGACUCUUGUGCAUUCAGCCGGCUUGAGCAGUCAGUUGUUGCACCGUGUUCUGAACAAUCACCAACACCAGAGGAAAGGGAGCCAUUGCAAAUUAUAGUGAAAACAGAGAAACCGUCAUCGGACGGCUCUGUAGAAAUGACAGAGACUCACGUGCAGUUGACAGGCGAAGAUCUCAGUGCGUAUCCGAGUCCUGCAGAUUUGCUCUCAUGCGGAGAGUCCAACAAUAGCAGUGGUCUACCAUUUCCGAACAGAGUAACAGGUAACACUGGGCAACAGAUACCAAAAACCGAAAGUGAAGUGCAGAAUUUUCCCAAAAGCAAGCAGACCCGGCCGAUGACGUGUGAAGAUUGUGGGUCCGUGUUCAACAGAUACGAUUCCUUCAGACGCCACAGACGCACACACCUGCUCAAUGUACGCUACCCUUGUACCCUCUGCAGCAAGUCCUUCACCCGAAAUGAACAUUUGAAGCGACAUCAGAGAGGGGUUCAUCAGUUUGGAGACGAGCCAACACAUAUCAUGCCUUCAUCACCAUAGACCUUUUGUAGAAGUGAAAAAAGCAUUUAAACUCUAUGAAGACAAAUACUUGUAAUCCUUCGCUCCAGGGUUACUGACUUUCAAGCUAAUCUGGAUUCCACACCAUACAGUUCCAUAGCUCUGGUCAAAUAUCAAUUUUAUGUGAUUAAGUCGACAGUGACUCAUGGAAAAACAGAGCAAUUUAUCAUCAAGAUAUGGAUAUUUUUGGCUCAGACUAAGCAGUUCUAGAAAUUGGUCAUUCUGUCAGUAAAAUUGUCAAUAAUUUAACUUCUUUAUAAAUAACUUGGGCCUCCCAUCUUUCAACAUGGACCUCCCAUUUGUCAACAUGGGCCUCCCAUCUGUCAACAUGGGCCUCCCACCUGUCAACCUGGGCCUCCCAUCUUUCAACAUGGGCCUCCCCUCUUUUAACAUGGGCCUAAUAUCAUUCAACGGGGCCUAAUAUCUUUUAACAUGGGCCAUUUAAGGAAAGAAAAUGAAAUAAGUAACCUUGGCUAUUUCAAAAGAGGGGUGGAAACGGACGUAAACAGCCAUAGCCAUUUUGCUUUGACAUGUUGGUAGUUCUAUCAAUGAAUUUUAGCUUGGGCUUAAAGCUCUGUAAGUUAGUCAUUCUGUGAGCAAAAAUUGUCAACAUCCUAACUUCUUUAUCUUAAAUAACAAGGGCCUCCCAUCUUUUAAAGUGGGCCAUUGAUUUAAAGGAAAAGACAACAAAUAAUUUAACCAUAGCUAUUUCAAAAGAGAGAUGGAAGCAGACCUAUGCCGCCACAGCCAUUUUGCUCUGACGUUCUGUAGCUCUGUAAAUAACCUUUAGUCUGGAAUUCUUACGUCAUGAGUUAUCCAAAGUGAGAGAAACCGGAAAUAAUCGUAACAUACCAGACAUGAUUUUUUUCCGCUUUUUAGCGGAAUUCCGCCUUUUCUUUGUUCAGUUUCGAUUAAUUUACCUGUUUUCCGGUUUUUUUUUUCUGUGUAGUAACAUUUUGUAAAGUUCCGAUUUAUUUCCUCAAAAUAAAGUCGAAGAUUCUGUCAAUUUGCCGAUGCAUGGCUACCGAAAUCUGGCGUUGCCGGAGGUUAUAAUGUUAUCUGAAUGGAGUCUGUUGUCCAGUCAGAUCGUGUGUUUCAUUAAGCCGAACUGUUUCAACAAGUCGGGAACAAGAUACCAUUAUUCGAAGGCAGAAGCAGAGCCAGCCCAGUCAAAAAUGGCGGCAACGUCUCGGAGUAUCGUGGAUCGAUCAGAUAAAGAUUUUGAUGCGCGUACAGUGGACAAGGGGUUGAAAAACAUCUAGAGGUGGGAUUGGCUUGAAUCUGGGAGACUCACCAUUGAAACCUACCAAGCCAUACAAAACAUAAAAUAUGGUUUGAAAGCUUCUGGUAAAUCUGCUGUGGAGUAUUUCAAGAAGAGGGACCAUCUCCAUGAUAAGGUUGAUCACACUCUUGUGAGGAAUGUCAAGCGAUCAUUCAGCCAGUAUAAGGCCAUUCUUGAAGAGAAGAAAUCAGUUGCCACAGAAAAACAGAAACAGCUGGACAUUAGGGCACAGAGCACUUUGACGAAAAGGAAAGCCAAGGAGUUGUGUCAAAAGGCAGCCAAGAAAGCCAGAGUGGAACACCAUGGUGCCAUUGAAUGAAAAACUGGACAGUUGUAUUCUGUGCCAUAACAUGCCAAUCUAAACAUUUGACUGAAAAUGCUGAAAAUGACCUGUACACUACUAACAAUAUCUGAACCAGAAAAAAUCUGUUACAUGUAUUAAAUUUUGGCUUUGGUACAAAAAUGCAUUCUUCUCUCUGUCCAGAAGAUUAGAGUUCUGUGGGGACAAAGCAGAUGGGAAAAUCUGUAAGUCAGAAAACAGUGUUGGUUUUCUUCAUAUUUUACAGGAUUCUGGUUUGAUUUUAAUAGCCAAAAACGUCCCAGAAUCCAUUUUCAGCCACGCAGAUUUUUCUAGCUUCCGGGGCCUAGGCGGCCCCUGGACCCCGGCCUUUUUGGGCUAUGAUAGUAAAUUUCAGCUAUUUUCUUGGUUCACCACAAUCAUGUCUGACAUACGCAGAUAGCAACGGAAACAGAUGCAUUCUUGGGUUAUUGAACAUGUUGAAAUAAAUCACGCUCGAUUGGUUAAAAUUGAUAGCAUGGCAGCGCUUUUGAUUUCUCAAUGUGUGCUCUUUUGCUUGUUUUUCAAACUGCAGUAUCUUUAUUGUAAACUUAAAGAGUGAGUGAAUGAGUCCUUGGGGUUUAAUUCACAAUUAACAAUUUUUCUGUCAUGUGAUGAGUAAAAAUAAAGAGGUAUGCUGUUUAAAUUUAAAGUUCAUGUGCAGUUGAUACAUAUAUAUACAUUUGGUCUAGUGUUGUCUUUUCUUUUAGCAAGAAGCCUGAGUGCAAAUCUAUGGAAUGUCAGAGCUAUUGUGUAUUUCCAUUUAUUUAUGGUUACUUGCCUUGUAAUUGAAUCAGAUAGAGAGCACUGGUGUUUCGGGAAUUUACAAGAUUUGCCUCUGUGUCUUUUAAAUGUGUAAGAAGGUCGAGUAGUCAUGGGUUUCCCGGGUUUCAUCAUACCAUGAUGCACUGGCUGCUGCAUAAAGUGAAAUUUCCAGCAUAAAACAACAGUCAAAUCAUUUUAAUAAGCAAGUAAAUAUUUUGGAUAUAGAUGCACAGGUCUAUGAUUAUAAGGGAAUACAGGCUUUGUUUCAAAAUACAAUUUUACACUGUAUGCAUUGUAACUUGGUUUUUUGGGGAUUUAUUUGUGUCGACUCUUGAAUAUAAAAACUUCAGUUCUGGCGAUGGCAUAUCAGUAUAUUUAGGAAAUGUAAUUGUGGACCUGGAAUGUUGUUUGAGUGAGUUAUUCUGUCACAGAGUUAAACAGUAUUUCUGGUAUUUGUGCAGUAUUUCUUUUGUAUGGUUUACAUGUGUAGUAUAUUGCCAUCUACAUCUCUUUUGAAAUGAAAUUGAAAAUUUAAGUUUAGGUUAAGAUGUAUAAUACUGAUAUUUUAUAAUUUGCAUGAACUGUGCUCGAAUGCAAUUUUUUUUGGAUGAUCACUAAACUGUGUCGUCCUCUUAAUGCUAGUUUGUGGCAACUUUUCACUUUUAUGAUGGUUCCGAAAACAUAGUGGUAUUAAUAUUUUAAAGUUUGAGGUGUUACAAUCAGUUAAAUGUUGAUACAGAAAUAUAACUGUGUGAAAAACAUGCAGGAUACUACUUGUCCAGAACUUAUCUUGAUCAAUGACCAAUGAUGUGAAUUUGAAAUUGCGCAGUUUAUACUGUAUGCUUAAAUCUUGGGAGGCCUGAUUCAGUGCCCUAAUUGUUAGAGCGUCCAACUCAAAGGCAGGAGGCCUGGGAUCAAACCCGGGCCGGGCCAUACCAAAGACUUCAAAAAUGGUACUUGUUGCUGCUUCGCUUGGCAUUUAGCACUGAGACGUUUGAGCAAAGAAAUAGGACUGAUUGGCCCAGUGUCAGUAUAAUGUGAGUUUGUGAAGUGUCAUGUCUGGUGUCUUCAGCAUAAUACUUCAGUUCCUCAACCGUUUGGCAACUUUUGUCACAAUUUAUGCACAUUUUCAAUUUCAUUUUUGAGGCCAAACUACAUUGGUUGAGUUAACCAACUUCAGGACUUCACAAAAAGUGUAAUUUUACACAGAAUAUUGUUCUCAGAAUAUGCUUGAAUAAACACUUUGCAAAAAAUAGAUUAAAGCCAAAAUAAAAAGUAGCAAAUAUGUUUUCAGCAUUUGAUGUUUCUCUUGAUUUGGAUAAUUCGGUACAUGUACAAGAUAGAUGCAGCUGAUGACAGUUUAGAUUUCUGAUAGAGAACGAAGACAAGAAAAUUACCCUGUGUGUCUUGAUGAGUUUGUAAACUUUAUUUCAGACUUGGAAUUUUGGGAAAUAGAAAAGAAUCCAAUUUUGUGUGAGUGCAGGCCGCAUAAAUAAAGCGCAAAAUGUGUAUUAAGUGAUAAGUUUAUGCUACAUGUAGAAUUUUUUGGUUAAUUAAAUUUCAUAAUAGGGAAACAUCAUAAUAAUCUUUGUGGCUCAAGUUUCAAUUUUUAUUCCACAAGUGCUUAUGUUCAUCAGAUUGUACAAAUAUAUGGUAAAGACUUAACUUUUCUUGUGUUUUAUUUAACUGUACAGUUUUAUGUGAUGUUUAAAUGUUCAGUGUUGUAGAUAAUGUAUUUUUUAUUUAUUUCAAAUAAACUAUUACUUGUCUUG